AUGUCUGAGGCUACUAGUUCAUCAAGCUACAUCAUUCCGCAUGAUUGUGUCACCAAGAACACUAGUACCUCCCCCAAAUUACGUGUGGUUUUUAACGCAUUGGACCCUGGUUAUAACAAAACUUCGUUAAAAUCAUUAUUAUUGGCCGGUUCCAAAUUACAAAGCGACAUCUCCGACGUCAUCAAAUAUGAACUUAAUACUACCGUUACCUACGGUGUAGUUCCUUCAGCUUUUCUUGCACAACGGUGUUUAAAACAAUUAGUUAUUGACGAAGGCGAUCCCUUUCUUAUGGUUUCUCAAGCCUUUUUACACAACACUAAAGUUGACGACAUUGUUACUGGCGCUUCAUCUUCUGAAGAAGCCCGAACUUUAUUGGCUCAGCUGUAA